UCAGAUUUUGUGUCACCGCCUCUGCCACACAUUCGCGAGUCGAGUUUUGCCAUCAGCCAGUCGCGGAUAGAAGAAGGUGUUGAUUUCGUUGAUUUUCUUCGCUAAAAGGGCGAUGUUGGGUGAGAAAAGAAAACCUAAUUAAACCGUGCAAUAAUUGCCGAUUACAAGUGUGUAUAGGUAGUUAGCAGCUGCAGGUGGCGUUCUGAAGCAUACGCGAUGCAAUCACCAGCUGAUUAGUGUUUGAUUCCUCAGCUGACAAACAUCAUCAGUGUGUGAAUAAAAAUAAGUGCAUUCAUUGAAAUAGUGGCCGAUGUUGUUUUUCGCUUACUCGCGGGGGACAAAACUUUGCUCGGUGCUCCGAUUCCUUCUCUCCGACCUUGGUUGUGUUUGUGGGGCAAUAUAGUUUUGUGUAAUUCAAUGUUUUAAUUUUAUGCGCAUUUAAACAAAGAGAUAGUUGUCGUAAUUUCGGCUCCAAAGCAAAUCGAGACGAAAGUUUUCUGUUUUGUCUUGUCGUAAAUUUGACAACCGUGAAUCGACUGGCUCCGGAAUCCGGAUACCCUAUAGUGCAUGAAAAGUGGGUACCCUGCUUUGUGAGCGGAACAAAGAUCCAUCGGUGAUUAGCAGCGCCAGGAGGAGGAGGAGGAGGAGCAGUUGUGUAAACAUCGAAAGCCACCCAAGAUGACGAAUAUGAGGCCCCCAAGCAAAAAUGUACUGCUGAAAGUGGUAAUCUUAGGCGAUGGUGGCGUUGGCAAGAGUUGCCUGAUGAACCGUUUUGUGUCGAACUUCUUCGACGCUAACAGCUUUCACACAAUCGGAGUGGAAUUCUUGAACAAGGAUAUCCAGGUGGAAAACGAACGGUAUACGCUGCAGAUUUGGGACACUGCUGGGCAGGAACGAUUCAAAGCACUGCGCACUCCUUUCUACCGCGGUUCGGACAUUUGUUUGCUAGCGUACGCCGUCGACGAUAAGGCAAGUUUCCGAGCUUUGAUACAAUGGCGCGAAGAAUUCCUCAAAUACUACGACGUAAAGGCAGAUCGUUUCCCGUUCAUCGUUGUGGGUACCAAAAAUGACAUUCCUGCUGCCCAGCGUCAAGUGAUGGCCGAAGAGGUCUCCGAGUGGUGCCAGGAACAUCAUGUGGCCGCUUUCAUCGAGACGUCGGCCAAAACGUCGGACAAUGUCUACGAAGCUUUCGCCCUGGCCGUGAAACAGUGGCAACGAUUGGAGAAAUCCACCGAACGGGAUCUCCGUGCCCAAGGUCAAGACAUUAUCGAUCUAACGCAAGGUGUUAAUUUGAGCGCAAACACAAGCCGAUUUUGCUGCAUUGGCGGCAACAAUAGUGGACCUGCGUACCAAGACGAUGACGACUAUCCAAAUUAGUAGCUUGUUAUUCGAGGGAGUGGCAUUUUGUGGCUGCUUGCAGAGGAAUACGAAAGUGACUAUCAGAGCGUGCUUCUUGUCGGUUUGCGAGCGAAUCGACACAAUUGUGAUACGUAGAAACACAAAGAUGGCAUCCAGAUGCGGCGGAGAUAGGCUAGAACACGAUUGCAAAUUGGUAAGAUAUAUACUCCCAUAUUUUUAUAUCGACAACACUUUACAGCCCAGGAGUUGAGAUGGGAAGGGUUUUGAUUUUAUUCGCUGAGCAACACAUAUAUUCGAGAAAAAUGAUGGCCUCAUGAAUAGUUAAUCUGCAUCGAAAUAGACGCGACGGGCAUCGUUGCAGCCUCAAUUGUGUCGUUGAGAGUCAGAAUGGUGUAUCUCUUUGUAUAUAGAACUGUUUCGGAAUGCUUUUGUAUUACGAUCAUAUUUUGUAAUUAUAGGAAGUAAACGACAAUCACUACACUUUA